AUGCGGGUGCACAUCAAGCCCAGGCUGCAGCAGGAGAAGUGGAGCCUGUACUGGAAGACGUCGAUGUCCACGAGAACGUUCGCGCUCGACGAAUUCGACUUGGAGGUGAAGCACGACGAGACGACGGCGAAGGAGGUGAAGGCGAGAGUGGCGGAGUUCAUCGGGCUCCCGCCCGUGGAGACGUUGCAUCGAUUGGAAGAGUUCGUCGAGCCUUGGGAGUUGAUGUGCGCGCGAGACGACGCGACGGCGACGGCGAAGACGCGACUCCGUCGAUAG